AUGACGAAAAUAUUUUUAAUAAAAAUGUGUGGUAUUUGACAUCCAAUGAAAAGCCUCCAACAGUUUUUUCACAGUAUACGUUUUACUUUACUCCCAAGCAUCUCUUUUCUUUUACCACUUCCCCAUUUCCAUCAAUAGAAUUUCUUUAGAAUGGCUGAUUCGUCUACUCCCAAGGGCACCAUUAGAAAGCGUGUAACUUCUCGUAGCAAUGCUAAUAGUGGAGCUCGUGGCGGCAUUCCUGGUGGAAGCACUUCAAGCAUGAUGCGUAUUUACUCUGAUGAUUCCCCCGGUCUCCGUGUUGAUCCUGUUGUUGUGUUGGUUCUUUCUUUGACUUUCAUUGCCUCUGUUUUCGGUUUACAUAUUGUCGGCAAGUUUUUAGCUUAAACAGCUUGAAAAGGAUGGGGUCAUCUUAUUGGGACGUCAACUCUCUUUAUUUUUUUUUUUUUUUUUUUCCCUCUUUUCUUU